CAGCUGAAAAGAAAACAAAACAAACGUGCUUGCCCGUUAUUCACACGCGUUCCGGGAAUCGCUACGAAUAUUUCUACUUCUAGCUCAAAAAUGUCCUCGUCCGAUGAAGCGGACGGUUCCAACAGGUUGUUUCCAAGUCAAAAACAGUUGUCCAAUGAAAAGAAACUGGAUGGUGCUUUUGGGAGCGGUUUCAGCAAAACAGCAGUACGAAAAAGAAGCCGUGAAUUUGCACACAGGCAGUGUAGGCUUAUCGUUCGGAAUCUACCUUACCGGAUAACGGAUGCCAAAUUGCGGACAGCUUUUGAACAAUAUGGAACGAUUGAAGAGGUAAAUAUUCUGAAACGGCCAGAUGGACGGUUGGUAGGAUGUGGGUUUAUUCAAUUUUCCAAACUGGAGGAAUCAGAUAAAGCUGUAACGGAAAUGGACGGUCAAGUUUUUAUGGGAAGAAAGCUUCAGGUUAAUUUUGCUGUAGACAAGGAAAGGUAUGUUAAGUUGAAACCUAAGUUAGAACCUAAAAAAGAGGAAAUUAAAAGCGAAGAUGACGAUGAUGUACAAGAAACAGAAUUAAAAAGCGAAAAUGAAGAGCAAACGGAGGAUGAGGAUAAAUAUGUCGAGGAUGUUGUCGACGAUACGAAACCAGAUACGAACGUGAAACACGAACACGUAAGACAGAAAAACCAUACUGAAAUCGAAGAAGGUAGAACAGUUUUUCUUAAAAACGUGUCGUAUGAUGCAAACGAGUCAGCAAUAAAAGAUGUCAUGUCCCAGUUUGGCACUGUUGAAAAAGUUCUUAUCAACAAAGAGCGCAUUUCCGGUCAUUCCAAGGGAACUGCUUUUGUUAUCUUUAAAUUGAAGGAUUCAGCCGACAUGAGUCGUAAGCAAAGCUUGAAGGUACAGGUGAACGAUCAGUUCAUUGAAAUUCUCGAAGCCAUAAAGAAAAAGGAAAUCAAAGAAAGAGAGAAUUCUAAAGCUCACAACAUUGGGAAAGAUUCACGUAAUUUAUAUCUUUUAAAAGAAGGCCUCAUAAUGGCUGGAUCUCCAGCUGCCAAAGAUGUUUCCAAACCUGAUAUGGCUCAACGCCUAAGACUUGAGCAACGUUGUUCCCAAAUGUUGAAGAACCUGAACCGUUUUGUAUCGCGUGAGCGUUUAACGAUUCACAACCUUCCAGAAAAUUAUACCAAUAUUGACCUUCGUAAAAUGGUUGUGCAAUACACAAAACACAAUCCUCAGGAAUGUCGUGUUAUGCGUGAAAACCGACCAUCGUUCGGAAAUCCGUCCGGCAAAUCUCGUGGGUAUGGAUUUCUUUCUUUCAAAAAACAUGAAAUUGCUCUGGAAGUACUUCGCAAACUAAAUAAUAAUCCUGCGCCUUUGGGAAAAAAUCACCGGCCGAUCGUCUCUUUCAGCAUUGAAGAUCGUAAGGUUCACAACGUUAAGCAGCAACGCCUGGAGAAGUCCCGUAUAAACAAUCCCACGUAUCAGCAAAAGUUAGAAAAAAUACGGGCGAAAAAUAAGGAGAAAUUCCUUCGCAAAAAGGAAUUGAAGAAAACGACAAAUGAGAAGCAGGCCAUCGUUCCUAACACCUCUCUGUCGAGUGAUUUUAGCAGAAAAGAACCGUCGAAACCACCAGCAAAAAAAGAACGAAAGCGUAAGUUGGAGCAGAUAACGGAAGAAUUCACCGGAGAAAUAUCACGGAAGGGCAAGGUCGGAAUUAGAUCGAACCGGAAAAUAAACACGCAAGCCGAUGCUCAUAUGAACCGUUUGAAAGCAGAGAAGAAGGAAGCGCGAAAGGAGCGUGUCAAGAAGGAACACGAACGUAACCGCAAGCUCAAAGCUUCAAGGCGGGUCAAACCGAAAUCAACAGAUUUUGCAGAGCUGAAUAAAGAGGACCGUUACAUCCGAGAAACGGUAGAUAAGUACAAAAAUCUUAUCAGCCAUGCCACAUCAAACGGUACCCGAAAUAAAUGGUACAGUGAGUAAGAUUCGUUGGUGGUGAAUAAAAGGAAAAUGUUAAUGUAUUAUUUGGAAUGUGUUUAAGUCUUUAAAAGAAAAAUCCGUUUGACUUCUCAACUCGGACUGGGCGCAUUGUCAUCGGUACAAACAACUCACAUAAAUGUAUUACAUGUUGCCAUACUUUAUCGUCAGUGUAUAUUUUGUCGAGUUUUUAUUGCAAAUCUGCAGAAACCUU